AUGCCGAUGAGCGUCAGAUCGUUCGAGGAGAUGACUUCAAUAACCGAUAUGAAGGAUGGCACCUACUCGGUGAAGAUGCGACUGAAAUGCAAUGUAUGCGCCGGUCAUCCGAAUAAGACGCAGAACUGGCAACGUUCCUACUUCUUCCUCAAGUCCGACAGUUCGGCCUUCGAGAAACCUCCCCGAAAUGAUUAUCGAGUUCUUUGGAACCGUUCUUGCGUCGGCCAUCCUACUUCUCCCGUUUAUCCCGAAGAUUUCUUGAGGAGCGUUCGUGCCGUCGCUCUGCUUCGAGUCUAUCGCUGGUCCGAGAUCACCGUCAAGAAGAUCCACGAGCUCAAAGAUCGAAUCGCUCGAAGAGAGUGGAGAUCCGACCUUCCGACCGUUCUUCCUAUUCGCGCUAAGCGACUAGACAUCUUCCCGAGAGACAUUCAGAAACAAAUUUCCGAGGCGAAGAAGAUGGGCACUCUUCCUGAUCUGAGCGCAAUGAUAGCGGCCCAGCUGGGGCUGGUCAGCGGGGAAGGUCCUUCGACGGCGGUUCCUCGUGCUGGCGAGGUUCCCCCUUACGAAGCCAGAGGCGCGGGGAAGGGCAGAAAAAGAAAGAGAGGUGACGGCUCGGGAGCUGAGAGGAGUACCGAGGAGGCGAGUGAUGUCCCUCCUUCUGGUGAACCUCAGAAGAAGAAAAAGAAGAAGAGGACAAAGAAGAAGUCCGUUAGCGAGGAGUCGGGGAAUCUCGAGGGACCGACCGAAACUGAGGGGGGAGACGUCGAGGAAGAAGGACUUCAUCCCGAGGAGGAGGCUCUCGCAGCUGGGGCCCUUGGAGAAGAAGACGACGAGGAGGAGGCCGUCGACGGGCAGGAGCCCGAGGCUUCUCUCGGAGAUGCGGGCUCAGAUAACCUUGAAGAGGAAUCUGAGGGGUCGCCGCUUCUGAUAAGAAGGCGUGACGACGAGGCAGAUGGCGAGGAGCAAUUUCCUGCUCCGAUAUCCCCUUAUGUAGAGGUUCCGGCCCGUCCCAGUAUCGGGGCCGUCCAGACUGGUACCUCUUCUCGUGGUGAUGCCAUCUUGAGGAGGGUGCCCGGAGUUAGCUUUCCUGACAAAGUCGACUUCCACUACGAGGGGCCGGCUCCAUUGGCGUACGUUCCAGAGAAGUGCGGGGAGCUCCUUCGUCAGUUUAGGGGAAGGGCGAAACCUUUGCCCGCCGUGAAGGACCUUAUCUUCGGGGGAGAGUACGAGGAAGCCGCGAGGGCCAAAUUGCUGGGGGACAGCGCGAUGAAUGUCUUGAUUGACAAGUACAACACUGCGCUGAAGGGAGCUUUGGGUGAACUAGAGCUGGCUAAGAAGGAGUUUGCUGAGAAGGAGGAGGUCCUUGCUCGCCAGCUAAGCGAGAAAAGGAGCAAUCUCGAGAAGCUCAAUGGUAUGAUGAGUCGCACCAUAACUCGGAGAGACGAGCUGAAGGCUGAAUUGGAGGCGUCCCGAGGUGUCGUCCGUGAGCUUGAACAGAAGAAUGCUGAUCUCGAGAGCGAGAAGGUCUCACUUACUGCGGCUCAUGAAAGGGAGAUGAAACGCCUUAGAGACUCCAGGAUCCUAGAAGUCACUAAGGAAAGGGUAAGAGUCGAGACCGAGAUGGCCGCGAAGGCUAACCGUCGUUUCGCGAGGAUUCGUUCCGAGAAGAGCGACGAGGCCUCUAUGAUGAAGCUCGCCUUGAGGAGGGCUGGGAGCGACAUCUCGCAAGCUACCAUUGAGAUUUUCGCGGAGCAAGAGAGGAAAUACGAGCAAGAGGCCGAGAAGCUCAAAGUGGGCGAGAUUCCCGCGGGAGAUCUCGCACUCUCUCCUCUCGUGCUGGACUCUCAGUUCGUGGAUGCUCGAAUCUUGGCGAGUCUCGACCCGUAUGGGUCCAACGCUGGCUUGAUCGAUCCCGAGACCGCGCUGACUCUUCACACUCCGCUCACUCAUUCGACGGAAGGAGAGACGCCUAACCGAGGGAACCUUGCUGCUGAAGAUAACGCCCCCCUGCUCGUACUUUCGGACACUUCGGCUGAAGGGUCCCGUCGAGGCAAUGAAGAAGAGAAUGUGGGGGUGUUUGAAGAGAUCCCGAGAUCAGAUGAAAUGCACGUCUCUCCGGCUGCUCGUGAGUCGAGUGUUAGGGCUUCGGAGCUUUCUGCCCUCAACGAUCGUGAGAGCGACCGAGAGGAUUAG